AUGCUGGCUUGUACGGAGAUGAUCACUAUGUGCCUGCAGUCCGCCAAACAGAAGCAUCUUCGGGCUCAGCAGCAACAGCAGCCGCUGCACAGCGCCGGCCAAGGGCUUACUAUCUUUCAUGAUAUUUUCCGCCGAGCAGACAAAAACGAUGAUGGCAAGCUGUCAUUUGAAGAGUUCAAUGCUUACUUUGCGGAUGGGAUCCUGACUACUGAGGAGCUGCAGGAGCUUUUCUACUCCAUAGAUGGCCGACAAAAUAAUAAUCUGGACACUGACAAGCUAUCAGAUUAUUUUUCUCAGCACCUGGGGGAGUAUCUCAAUGUCCUUUCAGCUCUGGAGAGCCUGAAUGUUGCCAUUUUAAAGGCAAUGGAUAAAACCAAAGAGGAGUACCAGGGUUCCAGUGUGUUGGGCCAGUUUGUCACCAGGUUCAUGCUAAGAGAGACAUCCAGUCAGCUGCUGUCCCUACAGAGGUCACUGCAGUGUGCCAUGGAGGCUGUGGAAGAGCAGAGCAGCCCUGCCCCAAGAGAGGUAAAGGCACCCGAACUGACAGCAGUACAGAGGAAUGGCAGGCGGUGUGGUCGGAGGGUUCAUAAUAGCCUGUGCAUGUCCCCAUCAGAUCCCUGCUCUGGCAUCCUGACCACCGGUGUGAAUAUGGAAGAUGGAGAGAACUGGUGCUCCCAAAUCAACAGGCUGCAGCAACUUCUGGAUAAACUGGAGUGUCAGGGUCCCAAGUUGGAGCCACUCAAAGAGGACACGCUGGCCAGCACGUACAAGUCUAACAUCCUGCUGGUUCAGAGGCAGAUGUCGGUGACCGAUGAAGAUCUGGACAACUUCCGGAAAGUUCUGAAAAGCUACAUCGAUGCCACCUCAGCCCACUCUGACAACCUGCAUGUGUCCGUUCAGAAGCUCCCGGGAAAGUCGUGUUACAUAAUGUAUGAGUUCUGGCAAGACCGCAUCUCCUGGAUGAGCUAUCUGCAGUCCAACAGCAGUAAAGAUUUCCAGCGCUGUGUCAUUGACAUGUUGGAGGAUGCUGAAGUAGUAUCUACUAUGUUGCUCCCAGCUUCCUGGUGGAUUAUGACUAACAACUAA